UCCUGUGCACUCUGUGUCCCAUGCUGCAACCAACCUUCAUGGCCGCAGCAUGUCGCUAUGGAGGAAACAGAACCAAAGCAAUUUUCUAAUCAGCUUAGUGUCUGUUCAGCAGUACGGUUGACUAGAUGUUAAGCAUUUCGUCUUUGUUUACCUUAUCGAAUCAUGGGACGUACCAAUAAUUAUAAUUUUUCGGCUGAAGUAUCGAGGCAACGGGACCCAUAAAUUAAUUGAAGUGAUGUUUACUCUCACAGAGGUAGCCGCCCUGAAUGACAUCCAGCCGACCUAUCGGAUCCUGAAACCAUGGUGGGACGUCUUUAUGGACUACCUGGGCGUCGUCAUGCUGAUGCUGGCCAUAUUUUCUGGAACCAUGCAAUUAACCAAAGACCAGGUGGUUUGCCUUCCCGUUCUGGAACCAGCUCCAGAGGACCCCAGCAGCUUCACGACACCGCAGCCAGAGGAGGGGUCUGGGUCAGGGUCAGGGAACGGAGGAAGCAGGGUGACUCUAGCCGCAGCGCCCCUAAUGAUUAAUGAUCUACCAGAUAGUGUCAUCCACUUCGCACAGUUUGGUGGUGUUGGACAGCAGCCUCCGCCAACAGGCGUCAGGACAAACCUGGACUUUCAGCAGUAUGUUUUUGUCAAUCAGAUGUGCUACCACGUUGCCCUGCCGUGGUACUCAAAAUACUUCCCAUACCUUGCUCUCAUACACACCAUCGUCCUCAUGGUCAGCAGUAACUUUUGGUUCAAAUAUCCAAAGACUAGUUCAAAAAUAGAGCAUUUUGUGGGGAUUCUGGGGAAGUGUUUUGAGUCUCCUUGGACGACCAAGGCAUUGUCCGAGACUGCAUGUGAGGACUCGGAGGAGAAUAAGCAAAGGCUCACUGGUGCCCAUUCCCUACCAAAACAUUUCUCAACCAGCAGUGAAGAGGGAAGUCCUAACCAGUCCACCCCAAUGCUGGCUAAAUCUGGGGUCAAGUUUACUGCUGAUAAGCCUGUUAUUGAAGUCCCAUGCAUGACCAUACUGGACAAGAAAGAUGGAGAACAGGCCAAGGCCUUGUUUGAAAAGGUUAGGAAGUUCCGUGCCCACGUGGAAGACAGUGAUUUGAUCUACAAGCUCUAUGUUGCUCAAACUGUGAUCAAAACCGUGAAGUUCAUUUUGAUCUUGUGUUACACAAUGACAUUUGUUGCUUCAAUUGACUUUGACCAUGUGUGUGAGCCUGACAUAAAACAUUUAACCGGAUACUCUAAAUUCCAAUGCACACAUAACAUGGCAUUCAUGUUAAGGAAGCUGCUUGUCAGCUAUAUUUCCCUCGUCUGUAUAUAUGGCCUAAUCUGUAUAUACACUCUCUUUUGGCUGUUUCGACGACCUCUCAAGGAGUACUCUUUCGAGAAAGUCAGAGAGGAGAGUAGUUUCAGUGACAUUCCUGAUGUGAAGAACGACUUUGCGUUUCUCUUGCACAUGGUCGAUCAGUAUGACCAGCUGUACUCGAAGCGUUUUGGCGUCUUCCUCUCUGAAGUCAGCGAGAAUAAACUGCGAGAGAUCAGCUUGAAUCACGAGUGGACCUUUGAGAAACUGAGACAGCAUGUAACCCGCAACGCUCAGGACAAACUGGAGCUCCAUCUCUUCAUGCUGUCAGGUCUGCCAGAUGCUGUCUUCGAUCUGACCGAUUUGGAGAUCUUAAAGCUGGAGCUGAUCCCAGAGGCCAGGAUAACAGCCAAAAUCUCCCAGAUGAUCAACCUUCAGGAGCUUCACUUUUAUCACUGCCCUGCCAAAGUUGAGCAGACCGCGUUCAGUUUCCUUCGUGACCACCUCCGGUGCCUUCAUGUCAAGUUUACAGAUGUAGCUGAGAUCCCCACCUGGGUGUACCUGUUGAAAAGUCUGAGGGAGCUGUACUUGGUCGGCAAUCUGAAUUCUGAAAACAACAAGAUGAUUGGUUUAGAAUCUCUCAGAGACCUGAGACAUCUGAAGAUUCUGCAUCUAAAAAGCAACUUGACGAAGGUCCCAACCAACAUAACAGAUCUCUCUCCACACCUGAUCAAGCUGGUUGUACAUAAUGACGGUACUAAACUCCUGGUACUGAACAGUUUGAAGAAAAUGAUGAACCUAGCUGAACUGGAGCUUCACAAUUGUGAACUGGAGAGGAUUCCCCAUGCUAUUUUCAGUUUGACCAACCUGCAGGAGCUGGACCUGAAAUCCAACAACAUUCGCACCAUUGAGGAGGUCAUCAGCUUCCAGCACCUCAAUAGGCUGAUCUGCCUUAAACUGUGGCACAAUAAAAUCAUCACCAUUCCAUUGUCCAUAAGCCACGUCAAAAACCUUGAGUCCCUCUACCUUUCGCACAACAAACUUGAAUCUCUGCCCGUACCUUUGUUUAACCUGCUGAAGCUGAGGUAUCUGGACGUUAGCCACAACUCCAUAGUGGUGAUCCCUCUGGAGAUCGGCUUCAUGCAGAACCUCCAGCACUUUGCCAUUACAGGAAACAAGGUGGAGGUGGUACCCAAGCAGCUGUUCAAGUGCACCAAAUUGAAGACACUAUGUCUGGGACACAACUGUAUCUCUGUCCUUCCAGAGAAGAUAAGCAAUCUGGUGCAGCUAACAAACCUGGAGCUUAAGGGAAACUGUCUGGACCGCCUGCCAGCCCAGCUUGGCCAGUGUCAUCUCCUCCACAGGAACUGCCUGGUGGUGGAGGACCACCUCUUUGACUCACUCCCCCUAGACGUCAAGGAGAGUAUCAAUCAGGAAGCCAACGUUCCCUUUGCUAAUGGGGUGUGAGUGUGGAAGGACAGUCACUUUACCCAUACAGGAAGGAGAUUACAAAAUGUGGCAAUAACUGUCCAUACACAGCCAGCUAGUCAACUCUUUUAAUUACAGCAUGUGAACUGGAAUAAAGGUUUUUGCUCAGGGCUGACUCGUCGAACAGAUGAUGUUUAAACUUAUAGAAAAUAGCACUGUGCUAACUAGUCAGGUGAGUUGAUUCCAGGUACUGUGGAAAAUGCUAGAAUGAUGGUCUAGAUCCAGAAUGAUAGGUUAGUUCCAUAGUGAUGGACUGAUUCCAGAAUAAGGAGCUGGUUCCAUAGUGAGUUAGUUGUAGAAUGACAGCAAUGUUUGUGUUAGACCACUAAAUGAUUAGUCAAUGUUCUGAGGAAAAGGGAUGCUCCUCUUAAUGAAACAGAAUGGUGGUGUAGAAUUCAUAGAUAACAGGGAUACAGUAGCCUCAGAUUAUUGGCACCCUUGAUAAAGAUGAGCAAAAAAUAAUGUAUAAAAAAAAGAAUACAAAUUCUGAACUAUAUUGUAUGCAAUUUUAAUUUUAAUUUUAUACUAAUACAAUCGCUCAGAGAAGUAGAUUUGGUUUAACAAGUAAAACAAAACAAAUAUCAAAAAUAUAGGUGUCAAAACUAUUGGCACCCCCAAAGAUACUUAUUUUACUUAUUUUUAAAUGAGUCUCAGUUUAAGGAACUAUAUUGUGGCCUUCCAUGGCUUCCUGUAUAAAAAUGAGAACACACAUGUAAAAUCCAUUUGUCAUCCAUCACCGGGCCCCUGAGUGGCGCAGCGGUCUAAGGCAUUGCAGCUCAGUGCUAGAGGCAUCACUACAGACCCUGGUUUGAGUCCAAGCUGUAUCACAACCGGCUGUGAUUGGCAGUCCCAUAGGGUGGAACAAUUGGCCCAGCAUCAUCCGGGUUAUGGUUUGGGCCGAGGUAGGCCGUCAUUGUAAAUAAGAAUUUGUUAUGUCAGGAUGAGUUUGCAAGAGGGGUACCACAUGAGGGAGGAGGAUGUCUUCCCUGUAACGCACAGUGUUGAGAUUGCCUGCAAUGACAACAAGCUCAGUCCGAUGAUGCUGUGACACACCGCCCCAGACCAUGACGGAACCUCCACCUCCAAAUCGAUCCCGUUCCAGAGUACAGGCCUCGAUGUAACGCUCAUUCCUUUGACGAUAAAUGUGAAUCCGACCUUCACCACUGGUGAGACAAAACCGCGACUCGCCAGUGAAGAGAAUUUUUUGCCAGUCCUAUCUGGUCCAGCGACGGUUUGUGCCCAUAGGCGACGUUGUUGCCGGGGAUGUCUGGUGAGGACCUGCCUUACAACAGGCCUACAAGCCCUCAGUCCAGCCUCUCUCAGCCUAUUGCGGACAGUCUGAGCACUGAUGGAGGGAUUGUGCGUUCCUGGUGUAACUCGGGCAGUCGUUGCCAUCCUGUACCUGUCCCGCAGGUGUGAUGUUCAGAUGUGCCGAUCCUGUGCAGGUGUUGUUACACAUGGUCUGCCACUGCGAGGACGAUCAGCUGUCCGUCUUGUCUCCCUGUAGCACGGUCUUAGACGUAUCACAGUACGGACAUUACAAUUUAUUGCCCUGGCCACAUCUACAGUCCUCAUGUCUCCUUGCAGCAUGCCUAAGGUACGUUCACGCAGAUGAGCAGGGACCCUGGGCAUCUUUCUUUUGGUGUUUUUCAGAGUUAGGACACUAAAGAGGCCUUUCUACUAAGUUUUCAUAACUGUGAUCUUCAUUUCCUACCGUCUGUAAGCUGUUAGUGUCUUACCGACCGUUUCACAGGUGCAUGUUCAUGAAUUGUUUAUGGUUCAUUGAACAAGCAUGGGAAACAGUGUUUAAACCCUUUACAAGGAAGAUCUGUGAAGUUAUUUGGAUUUUUACGAAUUAUCUUUGAAAGACAGGGUCCUGAAAAAGAGACGUUUCAUUUUUUUUAGUUUACCUGCUGUAAAAUAUGGUGGUAGAUCUUUUUUUAUAUGGCUGUUUCGCUUCCACUCGUCCUGAGGCCCUUGUAAAGGUCAACGGCAUCAUGAACUCUACCAAGUACCAGGACAUUAAGCCAAAACCCUGGUUGUCUCUGCCAGGAGGCUGAAACUUGGCCACAAAGAAAAAACAAAUCCACAAAGAAAUGGUUAAUUGAUAACAAAAUCCACAUUUUGUAACGGCCAUCUCAGUCCCUGGACUUGAACCACAGCACAGACCAAAGGAUUUCAAGGAUCUGGAAAGGUUCUGUGUGGAGGAAUGGUCUAAGAUCCUUCCCAAUGUGUUCUCAAAUCUCAUAAAGCAUUAUAGAAAAAGGAUAAGUGCCCUUAUCCUUGCAAGGGUGCACAACGUAUUGGAAAUGGGUGGCAAUCAUUUUUACGUAUCUUAAUAUAUAUAUUCUUUUAACUUGUUAAACAAAAUUAUUAUAUUUUUCUCUGAGCAAUUGUAUUAUUAUAAAAUAUAAUUUUCCAAUUGUUUCAAAUAGGCCAUACAAUAUUGUUCAGUAUUUGUAUUAUUUAUGUGAUACUGUAAUUUUUGCUCAUCUUUAUUAAGGGUGUCAAAAAUUUUGGUGGUGACUGUAUAUCAGUGUUGGGCUCAAUUCAGAAUUUAAUUGAGAAUACUUUAUAAAUUUCUAUUCUUGAAUUGAAUUUGAAUUGAAGCAGCAAACAGGAUAAGAAUUGCAAUUUGAAUUACAGGAAAUACAUUUGAAUUAAGUGAAAUUCUAAGAAAUUCAAAAGGCAGAGUUGUAAAGAAAAAUACAUAUCUCAGACUGGCCAAUAAAAAGAAAAGAUUAAGGCGGGCAAAAGAACACAGACACUGGACAGAGGAACUCUGCCUAGAAGGCCAUCAUCCCGGAGUCGCCUCUUCACUGUUGACGUUGAGACUGGUCAUUUGCGGGUACUAUUUAAUGAAGCUGCCAGUUGAGGACUUGUGAGGUGUUUGUUUCUCAAACUAGACACUCUAAUGUACUUGUCCUCUUGCUCAGAUGUACACUGGGGCCUCUCACUCCUCUUUCUAUUCUGGUUAGAGACAGUUUUCUCUGUUCUGUGAGGGGAGUAUACAGCGUUGUAUGAGAUCUUCAGUUUAUUGGCAAUUUCUUGCAUGGAGUAACCUUCCUUUCUCAGAACAAGAAUAGACUGACGAGUUUCAGAAGAAAGGUCUUUGUUUCUGGCCCUUUUGAGCCUGUAAUCAAACCCACAAAUCCUGAUUCUCCAGAUACUCAACUAGUCUAAAGAAGGCCAGUUGUAUUGCUUCUUUAAUUAGAACAACAGUUUUCAGUUGUGCUAACAUAAUUGCAAAAGGGUUUUCUAAUGAUCAAGUAGCCUUUUAAAAUUAUAAACUUGGAUUAGCUAACUCAACGUGCCAUUGGAACACAAGAGUGAUGGUUGCUGAUAAUGGGCCUCUUUACGCCUAUUUAGAUAUUCCGUUAAAAAUCAGCAGUUUUCAGCUACAAUAGUCAUUUACAACAUUAACAAUGUUGACACUAUAUUUCGGAUCAAUUUGAUGUUAUUUUAAUGGACAAAAAAAUGUGCUUUUCUUUAAAAAGCAAGGACAUUUCUAAGUGACCACAAACUUUUGAAUGGUAGUGUAUCUGGAAGUGUGACUUCAAUGAAACUCAUGUUCUAUGACUGAGUUGAAUUUAUUUGAAUUGCACUGAAUUAAAUUAUACUUCCUGUCACUCAAACUCUAAUUCUACAUCCUGUGGAGUGUGGCUAAAUUCAAUUAAAAUGUCAACUCAUGAGUUGAAUGGGAGUCAAUUCCAAAAUUCUGAAUUGGGCCCAACCCUGGACUGUGUAUGAACUGAUAAAAGCUCAUCUUUUGUUAUUUUGUUUUAUUUACUGUUUUUUUUAUAGCAACAUGUCUCUACUUUUUACCUGAAUCCAGGAUGUAGCAGUUUAUGGAUUCCUCUCAUGAUUUUUACUUAAUUAUUUUGUUGUCAUUAUUUAGAUUAUAAAUACCUGUGGUUGUUUGAAAGGAACCUCCAAAUUUACCGACAAGUGUGACAACCCAGUCAAGAAGCAUGCCUAUGCCCAUACUAUAUCUGCUGUGGUAAGAACCACAUGUUAUAAUCAGACUAAAGCAAGGAAAAGUUUUAUCAACAAGGACAAUUAUAAAACACUAUUGUAUGUGACAUCCGCUCUGCAUCAUUGAUGUGCAUCUACAAUAUGGUCUUGGCUCCUCACUUAAUGACAUUGUGCAUGUGUAUGUUUACUAUCCUAUCCUUUUACACAUAAAUGUGUCAGUAAAGUAUUUAACUCUUUCAAUAGACAUUUUCAACAUGUCCGUUCCACUGUGAUGCAUUCAGAAUGAAAUAUACCAGAGGUUCCUCUGUUAUCUGAUUUCCCCCUAUGUCUAGCAAUUUCACAAUAUGUUUGAAGCAUUUUCAACUUCACUGGUAUGGUUGUAGGCUACCAGAGCAUGUGAUGCAGGCCAUGCCGGGUCAGUUUGAUUUGUUUGCAUCUUUCAAUCAGUCAGAAGUAUCAUAUUCCUGCCUUCCAUCGGUGGCACACAUCUAAUUAAUUUAGUCAUGUAGUGCCUAUCUUUUCCAUUCAUUUAGGAUUCAGACCUGCAGAUAUCUCCUCAUGCUCAUAGGCUGAUUUUCAUAGCAGUUGCUGUUGAAUAUGGAUUCACCUCAACCUGACACCACUUUUUUGUUGCAUGGAAUUAUCUGACAAACUUAGAUUUGCGGUAAACUUUAUUUAAGUUGAAAUUUCGUUCAACCAAUGGGGGAAAAAAUGCUACCAUCUGAAAUGCUACAGUGUUCAGUCACGACUUGUUAAAAGAUUACGAAUGUUAAGGUAUGACAAUUGUAACUCAAUAAAGGACUUGCGUUGACUUGCACAGUAAACCAAUUGUUGCCCGUCUUGCAUGGAUGUGAUGACAAGCUCAUGGGAUCAUCAGUUGUAGAUUGCACUUGCAAGGUAUAGAUUUGAAUUAUUUGAACCCCAAAAUUAAAGUGUAUCACUUUGGUCUCAGAAACUAUCACAAUGUGGACCAUCAAAAUAUUAGAAUGAUCAAAUAAAAGCAUGCACAUAUUUGAUGCAUUAUUGAUAGACUGCAAUACAUGUUAAGAGUGUUAAUAUAUCACAAACGGAUUAAAUUAUUCCCUUUUCCAAAUUAUAACUAUUUUCUCUCGAUGAUUGUUUAGAUUUUUUUGGGGGGAGAAAUGUGUGUUUCUUAUUUUAUAUUCAUUUCUAUAUAAUUUAGUUUUUAGCAUGUUAGAAGAACAUGUUUUUAGCAUUGUAAAAGUCGUGAGAAUAGUGUGUAGAAAGACUGUCUAACCAAAAGAUUUCUACGAGGGAUACGUGUGAUUUACUGUUGUAAUGCGCCCUCACCACCAUUUCUAGUCAAAGCAUGAUUUCUGACUGAUAAUGCUGUUUGUGUGCGUGUGUGGCAGGGCAUUAUUAUGUAAGUUCCAAAAUAAAUAAAAUAUACAUUGUUUUGUAAACAACAAAUAAUAAGGGGGUCUCAUAUGAAGCCGUUGUCCUUUUGUUUUUGUUUAGUACUGUCACACCCUGACCAUAGUUUGCUUUGUAUGUUUGGUCAGGGUGUGAUCUAAGUGGGCAUUCUAUGUUGGAUGUCUUGUUUGUCUAUUUCUAUGUCUGGCCUGAUAUGGUUCUCAAUCAGAGGCAGGUGUUAGUCAAUGUCUCUGAUUGGGAACCAUAUUUAGGUAGCCUGGGUUUCACUGUGUGUUUGUGGGUGAUUGUUCCUGUCUCUGUGUUUUGCACCAGAUAGGACUGUUUUAGGUUUUCGCACGUUUGUUGUUUUGUUAGUUUAUUCGUGUACAGUUUCUUUAUUAAAGUACAAUGAAUAACAACCA